UCAUUCACCCUCGUGGUAAACACGUUUCUUUUAAUCAUUACAUUCAUUCGACUUUUACUUUCCCCGUAAUCGGAAGUUUAUUCGUAAUAUUGUAGCAGGAUAAGCGGAGACAGAAUGUGGAGUAGCGAGCGACUAAAUAUAGAACUGUUGGUCCUUGUAGGGAAUUAGUGCUUAAGCGAGGACACCAACAAGCUGUUUAUUUAACAAAGAAAUUGGAGUACAACAAAGAAAGGACCUAAAGUCCAAAUCAUGAUUUAUGUGGACGAAACAGACCCAGACGGAGAAUUGGAACCACCCUUCGAGCCAAAAAAUGUAACGGUUAAAAAAGGAACCGAUGUAAAAAGUGAAUAUUCUUUGCACGAAGAAUUAGGAAAAGGAAAAUUUGGAGUGGUGUACAGAUGUACCGAGAAGACGACGGGUCGCCAGUUGGCGGCAAAAUUUAUUAAAACAAUUCGAGCCGAAGAUCGUAAAGAAGUGGAAAGAGAAGUAGAAAUCAUGAGGUAUCUUCAACAUCCUCGACUUUUACAGUUAUACGACGCCUUCGACGACGGAAAAAAAGAAAUGUGUUUGGUCCUAGAACUCAUAGAAGGGGGAGAGUUGUUCGAAAGGAUUAUCGACGACGAUUUUGUUCUAACGGAGAAGGCCUGCAGUAUCUUUGUCAGACAAAUCUGCGAAGGACUCGAAUACAUGCAUAGCAAAAAUAUUCUUCAUCUGGAUAUGAAACCAGAAAAUAUAUUAUGCGUGACUCGAACCGGAAACAGGAUUAAAUUAAUAGAUUUUGGUUUCGCGAGGAGAUUCGAACCGGACAAAAAACUACAGGUGCUGUUUGGCACGCCCGAAUUUGUGGCACCGGAAGUUGUUAAUUUCGACAUGAUCGGUUACGAAACCGAUAUGUGGAGUGUGGGAGUCAUAUGUUACGUCCUAUUAUCGGGAUUAUCGCCAUUUAUGGGAGAUAAUGAACUGGAAACGAUGGCCAACGUUACAAAAGCCGAAUACGAUUACGACGACGAAAAUUUUGAUAAUAUUUCGAACGAAGCUAAAGAUUUUAUAUCCAAAUUGUUAAUAAGAGAUAAAGAUUCUGGUUUAACUAGUAAAAGAAUGAGUGCUACGCAAUGUCUCGAACAUCCUUGGCUCAGGCGUGAUAAGAAGAAAGAAGAAACAAAAUUAGACAAGAGCAGGUUAAAGAGAUUUGUCAUUCGAAGAAGAUGGCAGAAAGCUGUCAAUGCUCUAGUAGCUCUUAAAGCAAUGGGGGCCAUUAUAUAAACAAAUAAUGUACAUAAAGAAGGAUAAAUGAUGACCGAAUAGAAAAGCAUGUCAUUUAUUUUUGAUAAUUUCGCGAGUUACCUCUGAUUUGUCCACGAAUAUCAUGUUUCGGAAUGAAAAAAAAUGUUCAA